AGAAAUCCUUUUCAAGGGACAAAUUCCUCAGUCUGGCAAGAGUGGUCGAUACUCGAUAUUACGGUACCACAUGGUAACGGAGGUAAAAUGGCGUUAACUGUUCCUUGUGUCGCUGUGAGAGGUUCCAUUGGAAUCAGCUUAGGACAAGGCCCUCCGUCGUAUGAACCAGUAAAAUCAUUUCCUAAAGAUGAUAGUAAAACAUGCAAAGCAAUGAUUUUUAGCCCAGAGGGACGUUAUUUUGCAUGGGUCAAUGGAAUGACUGCCAAGAUUUUACAUUGUUCUACCUGGAAAAUAAUUACAGAAAUCAAAAGACCUAAAAUUUCUGCAAUUCAGUUCUCCGCUCAAAGCACAUAUUUUAUGACGUGGGAACCAUUCAUUGAACUUAUUUCUAUUAUAUCUAUCUAGGGAACCUCAGUGGACAAGUGAUGAAAAGAUCUGUGGGAUUUUAGUUGCUGCAGACGUCAUUCUAUAUGAGGAUGUCAAUUUUAACAAAAUUAUGUACAGAAUAAAUGUAGCCAAAGUUGCUAGAUUUAGUAUAUCACCAAGUAAUACUCCAUACUAUAUUCUCUGUUAUAUGCCGGGAUCAACAGUAAUGGGAAAUAUUCCUGAUUAUUGCAUGCUCAUUUUUAUAUGUAAGUACUUUCAUAAAGUUUUAGGGAAACAAAGUAUAUAUUUAACAGGCGGACAGAGUAAACAUUUAUUGGAAUAAUAAUGGAACAAGUGUUUUAUUAAUGACGAGCACAGAGGUUGACAAAACAGGCGCUUCGUACUAUGGAAAACAGACAUUACAUUAUCUCAGUACAAAAGGAGAAACUUCUAUGGUCAUGCUUAGUAAUAAAGGUCCUAUACAUGCUGUUCAGUGGUCUCCGAAAAAUAAUGAAUUCUGUGUCAUAUAUGAUUUUAUGCCAGCUAAAGCUACAUUAUUUAAUCUUAAAAAACUAAUUGCUAAAACUGAAGCUCCUGAUACGACGCUUCUUCAGUGGUCACCAGAUGGAGAACAUUUCAUGACUGCAACUACAGCACCUAGACUUCGAAUGGGCAAUGGAUUUAAAAUUUGGCAUUAUACUGGAACUUUAUUAUAUGAACGGCCAUGGAAUGAACAAGAAGAGCUUUGGGAAGUUUUAUGGCAAACCUUCCCACCAGAAAUAUUUCCAGAAAAACCAAUUAGUUACAAAGCUGUUGAAGGCAUUGCUCCUAGUCAACCACAAGCAUCAAAACAAGUGUAUCGACCACCUUCUGCCAGAGGGGAAACUAUUUGUUUCAAAUUACGCGAUGAUGAAUUGCAUAAAGCUGGAAUAAAAAAGAAUCCAAACUACAACAAAAGCAAAGAAAAAAACGAAGAAAGGUACAAAGGAAUCGGAAUCUUCUCAAUCAAGUAAUUCAAGUACAAAUGGACAAGUUACUACAAGUACAGAAACUCAGAAUUUAACUACAAAUGUUCCUGAAUGUGAUAAUUUGGAGAGGAGUAAGAAAAUUAAAAAAAUUAAAAGUAAACUAGAACAGAUUUCAAAGUUAAAGGAGUUGCAAGUAGCUGGGAAACAAUUAGAAAUCAAUCAAUUGGACAAGAUCAAGAAAGAAGCUGACUUGAUGAAGGAACUUGAAGAGCUCGCUUUAUGAUGAAUAUUUCAAAUUGUGGAUAUUUAUGGUUUUAAAAAAAAAAAGUCUAAACAUUUCUUUUAAAAAUGGAAAAUGAUCUCGAUCUUUCACGUACAGAAGUUACGUUUGACUCUACAUAAAAUUUUCAUUCUCUGAAGAGAUAGUGGGAACAAACCAAAUUUUGAAAGUGAAUGAAAUGGGUUUCCACAUUUCUCAUUGGUAUUAAAAUCUAAAAAUAUAAAUUUCUUUUUUUAGCGAUGAUAAUGAAAUUAAAAUGGUCCAUCGCUAAAUCUUUUCUUUGAUACUUGAAAAUGGAAAUUUUUUUUUUUUCUUGAUGAGUUCGUUAGUCUAAGUAUUUCAAAAUAACAUUGAAGAAUGGGCAUUGAAGAUUGAACAACAGUCCAAUAACGACCAAGCUUCCUUAUUAUAUAGCCCUGUAUAACAGUGUUGCAUUACAGAAUACUUAAGUAAUUUUUCUGGUAUUACAUUUGAUAAAUAAAAAAUUGUACAGGGUGAAUCGUAUUAUCUUGCAAUUACUUUGAAAUGUUGACACGUAGCGAUUUACCCCGUAUAAAGUGUAAAUGUAAUGGAAAGUGCGAGAUGAAAAAAUAAUGUGAUUAUAAAAUCGAAUGCACGUAAAAUUCGUUCCUGGACAUAGGUGCUGUCAUUUCAACAUUUAUGUUUUUAAAUUAUUGCGUACUAUUCCGUUUUUGUUUCAUUAAUCUCUUUAUAAAAAUUGAAUGUUAAGGGUUAGAUAUAGACAUAUCAUUUUGUGAUUUCAUAAUUAUUACAGUCAUUUCGUGACUCUUGUACUAGUAUUUUUUGAGAACUUUUCGUUCUUAUAUAUAUUUCUGGUUUGUGUCUUGCAUUAUACGUUUAAGAUUCAGAUUUUAUAUUUUUGUUGCUGUCAAGGAUUAUAAGACUGGUCAGAUUAAAAGUACAUGGCACAGUGUAACAAAUAAAUUGAAGAAAACUGCCAAAAAAUUAUUACCAACUAUACUCCACGACUAAAGGAACAUUUUUAAGUAAUAAAGAAAAUUUAGCUUUUUGAAUUAGUUGAUUUUUUAAAAUACUGUUCUUCAAUGAUGUUCAAAGUUAUCCUUGCUUAUUUUUCAGAUUGUUGUAUGAACAUUUAAAAGUAAUCUGUUCUAACAAUAUAAUAAUUAUUGAAUUACUUGUUUUAAUUUAAUAUUUACUAAUUUUUAGGUUUAUUUGAACAUUCGAAUUUGUGCAAUGUAAUAUUGUGCAAGUCAAUAGAAAGAAAAGCAUUUUUUUAAUCUUAUUUCUACCUUUUUUUGAUAAAAUGAUUGACAAAAGUUAAAUAUAAUUGGAAGAACCUACAGUACAAGAUAUGAUUACGUCGAAUUUUUAUAAAAUUCGUGAAAUUAUAAUUAUAGAAAUUAUGUAUCAUUAUUCCUGACAUGUACAUUCAAUUAUAUACAUGUAAAUUAUGGAUUAAUAGUGAGUGAUGGGUAUAUCAUAAAAUGAAUGACAUCAAAAGAAAAAUCGCAAUCGCCAAUGUUGUGUAUACUUACGUGAAAUUUAUGAAAAUAAAUGAUUGAAAACAACUAAUGUCAACG